AUGGCUGAAUCUCGCUCGGGGCCGGUGUCACUCGCGCGAUACCGACCCAUUCUUUACCUCUUUACUGGUGUUGCAGCUGCCUAUGCCAUCUUAUACAUUCACAGCAACAUCAUUUCACCAGUGACGGAUGGCCCACUCCGCCGCCGAAAUGCUGUCCGCCGCUCAAGACGCUCCGACGCAGACGAGCUUGGCAUCACUCAGUCUCCCUCCUACCGGGCGAUUACCCAUCUCGAACAACUGGAACGCCAGAACGGAGUUUAUGGGACAUUUCGAAUUGAAACAGAGGACGGAAGACGUGUGGAAAGUGGGCUUCUGCCUUCACUGCUUGCUACUCGCGACCAGUUAAUGGAGGAAGUUGGUGUUCCACCAGCUCAUGCAGAGCGCAUGCGCGAGAUGAUGGAGGAUACCUUUCUUGAAUCUUUCCUCGCGUUAGACUUUCCUUCUUCUCAUACCCUCCUUGAUGAUAGUGCCGAACGGAAUUAUCUGACUGAGCAGCUGCAGCGACGAGGAAUAUCGCGCGCGGGCAUUGAGCGAGCUUUGAUAAGAUUCAACGAUGAUGAAAACUAUGGAGACGAACUGCGACAAAGACGCCAGAAUGGGGAACGUGUUACUCUGUCAACAUCUACCUUUCCCGACGCGACUGUUCCUGCCGCAAACCUUGAUGGUGGUGAAACCGUCGUUGAUGACCAGAGUGUUUUCUCUUGGCGGGACGGAAAUAACGAUUCUUCGCCCACGCGCGAGGGCCAGAAUCUUCUUAAUUUGCUUUAUCAUAUUGCCGAAGACCAGUCGCGGAGGGAUGGUUACAUUCAUCGUGGGGUGACUUGUAAUAGUUGCGGUGCCAUGCCUAUCCAAGGUAUUCGGUAUCGCUGCGCAAACUGCAUUGACUAUGAUUUGUGUGAAACAUGCGAGGCAAUGCAGGUUCACAUCAAGACACAUCUGUUCUACAAGGUCCGCAUCCCAUCUCCAUUCUUGGGAAACCCGCGCCAGUCACUCCCAGUGUGGUAUCCAGGGAAACCUGCGCUACUGCCAAGAAGCCUUCCACGGCCUCUUGCAAAUCGCUUGAUGCGAGAGACAAACUUCGAAAACACUGAGCUCGAUGCUCUUUGGGAUCAGUUCCGCUGUCUUGCCAACUACGAAUGGUCAGACGACCCUAACAAACUACACAUGGCCAUCGACCGUAAGACCUUUGAUCGUUGCUUUGUGCCUAACACAUCCAUUCGUCCACCUCCACCGAGUCUUAUCUACGAUCGCAUGUUCGCAUUUUAUGACACGAACGGCGAUAAUCUUAUCGGAUUCGAAGAAUUUUUAAAAGGUCUGGCCAGUCUUAACAACAAGAGCAAUGACGAGCGACUGCGGCGUGUUUUCCGUGGAUAUGACAUUGACAGCGAUGGCUUUGUUGAGCGAAAGGACUUUCUCCGAGUUUUCAGGGCAUAUUAUACCCUUAGUCGGGAACUCACGCGAGAUAUGGUUGCUGGUAUGGAAGAUGAUUUCCUCGAGGGUGGUGUUCGUGACGUGGUUCUUGGAAGCCAGCCUCUGAGUUCUGCAUUCCCAGGGAGCAUUCCUUCCGGCGAGACUUCACGUAUAGGUGAAGGGAAGCGUGUCAAUGCUAACGGUGACAUGGAAAUCGUCGACAAUGAAGGGAUAUUGCGGCGAGACGGUGCAGACCUUGGUGACCGGCAUUCGGUUGUAGGCGAUGCUGCAAUUAGAAACCAAUUCGGUCGAACAAGACCGGUAUUCCCCUCCACCUUGCAAUUACCAACUACUCAGUCCGAGACUCGUUCGUCUCGACACUUCCGCGGGGAUGAUGCCGAUGAUGAUGACGACGAUGAUGACGAUGCUAGUGGGUCUGAUGAUUCCGCCUCGUCCGAUGCUAGUGGCCUAUGGCCAGGAACAGAACAUCUCAUUGAGGAAGAUAUCGUUGAGGCACUAGGACAGUAUUUUCCGCCUCAUGAAAUCACUAGACCGAUUGAUAGGGCUCGGAUCGAGACCGUCCUAUCCAACAGGUUACGAGAUGAAAAUCAAAGACGAAUUAAUGACAGCCGCAGGAAUGGAAUCGACGAACGUUGGAGGCGUAGAGCUUUUUAUACCGAUGAAGAAGAUGGUGCCACUGCACCAGAUGGUUAUGAAAAAGAUCCAGCAUUUGAUGAUAGGAGCGACGAUGAAGAGUUCCUUGACGAUUUACCGCCAGUUGAAUCGCUUUUCCGAUCACGCUCUUCUUCUAAGGUCCGUUUCCAGGAUGAUGUUAUUGAUGACUAUGACGUUCGAUCCAAUCCUUCGACUUCUUCGCGAAGUGUUGGUGAGCGUUGGGGCGGGUUUGAGAUUCCAGAGGUCGAGAAAGAUGUAGGCAAGGAAAUUCUCUACCAAGUUACACAACAGGGCUUCAACGAGCUGCUUGAUGUUCUUUUCAAACAAAAGGAGGACUUGCUCAUGGAAGCUUACCGGACACGCUCAGAACGUAAGACUUGGGCCCGUGAAAUUGAGAUUGUGCAAGCAUCUGGUCCUCAGACGACUGCAAAAGAGCGGGAUGAGAAUGAGCUCCGUGCUCGCACAACUGAGAGAUCGCUCGAUGAACUGCUGAGACAUACGGGCUAUGGAUUGCAUAGCGCACCCGUGAGCACAGGUCCAGUAUUGGCACCUCCAUCUCCAUUGUUCAUGAAUCAAGACGAUGAGAAUGAUGAUGUCCUCCCAGCGCAUCUUGUCAACCCUGAGAAUGACGAGAGUUUCGGACAAUCUCAUAGUCAGAUUUUCGAAGACAACUCCGACAUAGCUUCUACCACUGGCUCAUCUAACAGUGAUGAUCAAUCACAAAUUUACGAGGUCGCUUCCUCUCAUCAAUCUGACGAUGAUGAUGAUGACGACGACGAUGAUGACGAUAGCGACGAUGACGAGAAACCUCCACACUACGAUCCAACUCUUCCCCAAUUCCGUCCCGAUACAGUAACACCACGCCCUCGCCUUUCGUUCCGUGAUGAUCCUGUGAUUAUGGUGGCUUCACCAGUCUCGGACGAUAGCCAAUCCGGCCUCCCAGACCACCUCCGUCUUCAGCCAGAUCACGCCAUCCCCCUAUCCCUUUCAUCGCCACAGGCUGAAGCAACAGCCCCUAAGCCUCCUUCUCCUGUGCAAACACUUCCAUCACCUCGAACUAAGUCGGCUCCAUUGCCAGAGGCAUCUACACUUCCUCGUCGACCAUCAGACCGGACUCUUUCCCGAUGGGCUUUUCUGAACCAGGUCGAGCUCGAGGCCAAGGAACGUGGUGGCAGUGGAGCGAAACUUAACUUUGAAGAGUUCUCGCGCCGUAUGGCAGCCGAUAAAGAACGCCGGCUGCAGUUUGUUGCAAGCUGGAUUGAAAUGGCCAGCUUCUAG